AUGAGGAGCGGGAGGAGUACCUCGUCACAGCCUCUCGUAACUUCACCAUCAAUUCAGUACAACAAACCGGAUUUUUCAUUAUCUGGCCCUCCUCCAGCAGCAGCCAACAUGUCCAAGAAGGCCCCAGCUGAGGACGAGAAGUUCCUGUACGUGGACAAGGACACGCUGAACAACCCCAUGGCGCAGGCGGACUGGGCGGCCAAGAAGCUGGUGUGGGUGCCGUCGGAGCGUCACGGCUUCGAGGCGGCGAGCAUCAAAGAGGAGCGCGGAGACGAGGUGCUGGUGGAGCUGCACGACAACGCAAAAAAGAUCACCGUGAACAAGGACGACAUACAGAAGAUGAACCCGCCCAAGUUCAGCAAAGUGGAGGACAUGGCCGAGCUCACCUGCCUGAACGAGGCUUCUGUGCUGCACAACCUCCGCGAGCGCUACUUCUCUGGACUCAUCUAUACAUACUCAGGGCUGUUCUGUGUGGUGGUGAACCCGUACAAAAUGCUGCCCAUUUACUCAGAGAAGAUCAUCGACAUGUACAAAGGGAAGAAGAGACAUGAAGUGCCUCCUCACAUCUACUCCAUCACUGACAAUGCCUACAGGAACAUGAUGCAAGAUCGUGAAGACCAGUCCAUUCUUUGCACUGGAGAGUCUGGCGCUGGCAAAACUGAAAACACCAAGAAAGUGAUCCAGUAUUUGGCUGUCGUGGCCUCUUCACACAAAGGCAAAAAGGACAGCAGCGCGCAACAAUCAGGAUCACAGUUUGCUUACGGGGAGCUGGAGAAACAGCUUCUGCAGGCUAACCCUAUCCUUGAAGCCUUUGGAAAUGCAAAAACCAUCAAAAACGACAACUCUUCAAGAUUUGGUAAAUUCAUCCGUAUUAAUUUUGAUGUGACUGGCUACAUUGUUGGAGCCAAUAUAGAGACCUAUCUGCUGGAAAAGUCUCGUUGUAUCAGACAAGCAAAAACCGAGAGAGCAUUCCAUAUUUUCUACUACAUGAUCGCUGGUGCUAAGGACAAACACAGGGAGGAGCUUCUUCUGGAGUCGUUCAGUAACUACAGGUUCCUGAGUGCGGGUCAAGUCGGGAUCACAGGACAAGAGGACGACGAGAUGUACGAGGAGACGAUGGAGGCAAUGGGCAUCAUGGGCUUCACUGAGGAGGAGAGACUGGAUAUCCUGAAAGUGUGCUCCACAGUCAUGCAGCUUGGAAACAUUACAUUCAAUAAAGAGAGGAACCAGGAGCAGGCCACGAUGCCAGACAACACAGCGGCCCAAAAGGUGUGUCACCUGCAGGGCAUCAAUGUGACCGACUUCACACGAGCCAUUCUCACUCCACGCAUCAAAGUGGGACGAGAGGUGGUGCAGAAGGCCCAGACCAAAGAGCAGGCUGAUUUUGCCAUCGAAGCUUUGGCUAAAGCAAUCUUCGAGCGUCUCUUCCGCUGGAUACUGUCCAGAGUCAACAAAGCUCUGGAUAAAACCAAACGUCAGGGCGCCUCUUUCCUGGGAAUCCUCGAUAUUGCAGGAUUUGAGAUCUUUGAGGAUAACUCGUUUGAGCAGCUGUGCAUCAACUACACCAAUGAGAAGCUGCAGCAGCUGUUCAACCACACCAUGUUCAUCCUGGAGCAGGAGGAGUACCAGCGCGAGGGCAUCGAGUGGAACUUCAUCGACUUCGGGCUGGACCUGCAGCCCUGCAUCGAGCUCAUCGAGAGACCAAACAACCCUCCUGGCGUCUUGGCCCUGUUGGAUGAAGAGUGCUGGUUCCCCAAAGCUACGGAUGUGUCAUUUGUGGAGAAGCUCGUAAAAACACAAGAAAACCAUGUGAAGUUUUCUAAACCCAAGCAGCUCAAGAGCAAGACAGAGUUCUCCCUUUUCCAUUACGCCGGAAGAGUGGACUAUAAUGCUGCAGCCUGGUUGACCAAAAACAUGGACCCUUUGAACGACAAUGUGACUGCUCUUCUGAGCAACUCAUCGAGCCAGUUUGUUCAGGAACUGUGGAAAGACACGGACAGAGUGGUGGGUCUGGACACGAUCGCCAAGAUGACUGACAGUUCGAUGCCCAGCGCCUCAAAGACAAAGAAGGGAAUGUUCCGGACUGUGGGGCAGCUCUACAAAGAGUCUCUGGCGAAACUGAUGACCACUCUGCACAACACACAGCCCAACUUUGUCCGCUGCAUCAUCCCCAACCACGAGAAGAGGGCUGGGAAGUUGGAUGCUCACCUCGUUCUGGAGCAGCUCAGGUGUAAUGGUGUUUUGGAGGGGAUCAGAAUUUGCCGGCAAGGAUUUCCAAACCGGAUUGUGUUCCAGGAAUUCCGUCAGAGAUAUGAAAUCCUGGCUGCAAAUGCAAUUCCUAAAGGGUUCAUGGAUGGGAAACAGGCGUGCUGCCUCAUGAUUAAACAUCUGGACUUGGACCCAAACUUGUACCGGAUCGGGCAGAGUAAGAUCUUCUUCAGGACGGGAGUGUUGGCUCAGCUGGAGGAGGAGAGAGACCUGAAGAUCACCGUCAUCAUCAUCGCCUUCCAGUCCCAGGCCAGAGGCUUCCUGGCCAGAAGGGCUUUUGCAAAGAGGCAGCAGCAGCUCACAGCCAUGAAAGUGAUUCAGAGAAACUGCGCCGCUUACCUCAAACUCAGGAACUGGCAAUGGUGGAGGCUGUUCACAAAGGUGAAGCCGCUACUGCAGGUGACCCGACAGGAGGAGGAGAUGGGCCUGAAAGAAGAGGAACUGCAAAAAGCCAAAGAUGUCGCAAUAAAGUUUGAGUCUGAGCUCAAGGAGAUCACACUGAAACACACAGGGGUCCUGGAGGAGAGGAAUGCGUUGCAAGAGCAGCUGCAGGCGGAGACAGAGCUGUACGCUGAGGCGGAGGAGAUGAGGGUUCGACUGGCCGCAAAGAAACAGGAGCUGGAGGAGAUCCUGCAUGAGAUGGAGGCGCGGCUCGAUGAAGAGGAGGAGCGUGCACAGUCCCUGCUUGUGGAUAAGAAGAAGAUGCAACAGCAGAUGCAGUUCUUCCCGUACAUCCUGCUCCUCUUUGCCGUCCUACUGUACAUCCCUGCUCUGUUUUGGAGGUUCACAGCUGCUCCACACCUUUCUUCAGACCUCACUUUCAUCAUGGAGGAGCUGGACCGUUUUUAUAACCGUUCAAUUCGUCUGGCCAAGAAUCUGGCUUCUUUAGACAGCAAGGAUGGGAAUGAGGACUCACAAAGUGCUUUGGACCUGGCAGAGGGCUGCUUCAAAUACCCAUUAGUUGAGCAUUACCUCAAGACCAAGCGCCUCUCUCGCAGCCUCGUGGUCAGAUACUUGGCCUGCCGCGACGAGUUCCCCUGCGACCUGAGAAAAGGCGUGCUUCAGAACGACAGCUCCGUGCCAGUGGCGGUGCAGUGCAAGCUGGUGGCAGUGGGGGUGUUCAGGCUCCUCAGCUACAUCAACCUGGUGGUCUACGUUCUCCUGGUUCCUCUGGUGGUCUACGCCUCCGUCGGACCAGCGCGGCAGAGUUCGAGCUUCCUGCGGCCUUACGACAUGCUCCCGGGGUUUGGCUCUUUGGGAGAGGUCACCCCGGUUUACAAUGACCUCAGCAUGUAUCUUCUGUUUCUACAGGAGAAUCUGAGCCAACUGAAGUCGUACAAGUGCCUGCAGGUGGGUUUGGCUUAA